UGUGAGGAGACGCAGGUGAAAGAGACUCAGAGACACGCACAGGCACACACACACACACACACACACCCCUCGGUGUAGGGCUCGGCUCCUGGGUGUUGUGUCCGGGGGAGUGAUGUACUGCCGCUGUGGAAAGGCUGCUGUGUGACAGGCGAUGUCGGUGAAGGUUUUGGAAAAGCUCCAGUCUCUGCACUUUUGUAAAGAUGAAGUGGUUUGCAUUCAGUAGGAAGUUAAGAGUCAGCCACAUCAGGUUUGGAGACAGAUAUUGGGCCAGCGUGGCAGAUUUCCUUCCCUAAAGUCGCCCCUUCAGUUCUGCUAUUCCUUCCCCGGUGUCUGUGAUCUGCAGAUAUGGGUCUCAAGGCAGCUUUACCCAAAGCGGAGCUGUGUCUCUAUGCCCUGGUGUUAUCCCUGGCCAUUCUGUGGGCAGCGAGCUGGAUCUGUGAAGCUUCAGCAGAAAACAUGAGCCGGCGAAGCUUUAAAAGCAGUGUCAAGCAAGGCUGGGCAUAUAUUGGUCGGAAAAUGGAUGUUGCUGACUUUGAGUGGGUUAUGUGGUUCACUAAGUUCCGAAACUACAUUCUUUUCGCCUUAUCUGGCCACGUGCUGUUUGGUAAAGCUAUUUCCAUGAUGGUUCCUCAGCACAGAUCCUUGUAUUUUAUGGCCUAUGGGAUACUGGCAGUUCUGGCUACAAUGGGGGUCUCAUACCUCAUGCUGAUCCUGGUCCAUUGCAUUCUGCUGUAUAGCAUCGGUUUAGCCAAACAGAAAUGGCUGUGUUUCGCUGCUGGCCUCUGCAGCCUAGCAACAUUCAAAUUGGAACCCAUGAGCUCUUGGCAGACUGGGUUUGUAACGGGUACCUUCCACCUCCAUGAUGUCCUGUUUUAUGGAGGAAGUGGUUUCACCAUCAUGCGAUGUAUGAGCUUUGCGUUGGAAAACGCUGAGAGGAAAGAUGGAAAUUACUCAAUCCUGGACCUGCUGGUGUACAACUUCUACCUCCCUUUCUUCUUCUUUGGACCGGUAAUGACCUUCGAUCAGUUCCACGCCCAGGUGAACCAAUCAAAACUCAUUCGGAAAGAGAAUGAGAUGUGGAACAUCAGGAAGUAUGCCAUCGCGCACCUGACUGUAAUCAUCCUUGUGGAUAUCUUCUUCCAUUACCUCUACAUUCUGACCAUCCCUUCGGAUCUGAAGCUGGUGGCACGCCUUUCUGAUUGGGCAUUAGCUUGUUUGGCUUAUUUCAACCUGGUGUAUGACUGGAUAAAGGCAGCAGUGAUGUUUGGCGUGGUUGGAACCGUGGCCAGACUUGACUACCUUGACCCACCCAAACCACCGAAAUGCAUCACCAUGCUGUACGUCUUUGCUGAAACGCACUUUGACAGAGGGAUAAAUGACUGGCUGUGCAAGUACGUUUAUGAUUAUUUGGGAGAAGACCACGACAACAUUCUGAAGGAGUUGCUGGCGACAAUUUGCACCUUCCUGAUCACCACACUCUGGCUCGGCCCGGAGACCGUGGUCUACAUCUGGUCCGUGUGUAACUGCUUCGGCCUGAACUUCGAGCUCUGGGUACAAAAGUUCUUCCAACUGGAACCCUUUGCUUCCAUUGAGGCUAACCAAAUCUCGGAGGCCAUGUCCCGACGAAUCAGAGGAGUCUUUGGUGCUGCAAACUUCUGGUCCAUUAUUUUGUACAAUGUCCUUUCACUGAACAGUGUUGACUUUGCUCUCCUGGUUGCUAGAAGGUUGUUCCUCACUGGAUUCCCCUGGAGCCUGUUGAGUGUUCUCUUUGUGACAUACUGUGGGAUACAGCUGAUCAAGGAGAAUGAACGAAGGUUGGCGAUGGAAGCUGACAAAGAGAAAGUGGACUAGACAACUCGACAAGAGAGGAAAGCAAAUUGAUCAAGGAAAGCUUUUACUGUGAACAGAUACCAAAUAGACUAUUUAUCACAUGUAGAGAGAGAGUUUCUGAUUGCAGGAACAGGCAAAUUAUCUAACUAAAUUAUAACAACAUUGAACAGAUCAAUUCCCCCCCCCUUCCCUCACUUCCUGCACUGUGUGUGGGAGGAGAUGCAACUUUUAUAGACUAUGAAUCUCUCGCUCCAGAUGUUCCUGGAGGAGAUCAUUUGGGUUUGAUUUCCUCCAUUCCAAGAGUGUUCUGGUCCCACCUCAUUCAGUCCAACUGUGACUGAUGUCUACUUCCCAAUCUUCAGAGUUGGUAUGAAGGAAACUGUCUCUGUCUGACUGAAAAUAAAUCUGUCCCAUCUCUCUGAACGCAGGGUUUCCAGAGAUGGGAUGGGCUCAUGGAGCGGGAAAUACAGACAGGCUCCAAACCUCACUGACCCCUAGACCCCACCCUACAUACACACACCUCACUCACACACUCGCACAUUCUCACACACCUGUCCUCCCCCUACUCCAUUCGCCCCUCCCUUCCCCCCCCACACACAUCCCUGUGCACACCCACACACAUUCCCCCCAUACACACACCACUUCCCCCUGCAUGUACACCCACACAGACACUUCCCCCCCCCCCCCCACCACACUCAUUUGCCUCUCCCACAUACACAUCCUCACAUAGAGUCACCUACCCAUACCCACACACAACCACCACCACCCCCCUGCCCCCCCCCCCCCCCCCCCACACACACACACACACACACACACACACACACCGACUCUCUACACAGGCACACACAUGCUCUCUAAUCCAUACAGUUGUUGUGAAGAACAUUUGGAGAUUCGUGGGUUUUGAGCGAUGGAGUCUGCGAUCAAAAGACUAACUGAGAUAAUGAAGACUUAUUGUUCACUCAUUACUGUGCAGUGAGCCUUCUUCUCCAUCCAAGUACCUGUAAUGCUCGACAUGUUACUUGUUGAAUGUAUAAUUUAUUCUGUUCAAUUCUGAAGUUUUUAUAACAGAAAUUCACUGUGAUUCAAAUGUUUGUGAAGGAUAAAUGUAAAUAGAUAACUGUGAACUCUUAUACCCCUCCUUCCUGCCUCACUGUUCCUUUUAGCUGCACUGGGUUAAUAAAUACACUUAUAAGCAGUUCACAUACACAACAGAAAUAAAUAUUAAAUUGGACUCA